AUGGCUAUGAGUCAUGUCAAAACAUUUAGAAGCAUUAUCAAUACCAGCGAAGCAGUUGGGAUAGUGUCACGACGAACAUUUGCUAUCGGGGGUGGUAAAGCAAAGAAGGGUUCAAAAGGUGCUUCUCAAGGUGAUGCACCAAAAGCAUCAAAUCUGGACAAAGAAGUUAAGUCUACUACAGUUGUCGGAGCCAAUAUUCUCAAAGACGGAACAGAUCCUAAGAUCUUGCCAGAUGCUGAGUACCCUGAUUGGUUGUGGCGUCUACUUGAUAAACGCCCAGCAUUGAGUGAAUUAAGUAGGAAGAACAUUGAAACUCUCCCAUACGAAGAUCUCAAACGUUUUGUUAAGCUGGAUAACCGAGCAAGGAUCAAGGACAACAACUCUCUUAAGGCCAAGAACUAG